CAGGCCCCCAGUCUGACCCCCCCUUGCCUCUCAGGAGCUGGAGGCCAUCAAAGCCCGCGUGCGGGAGAUGGAGGAGGAGGCGGAGAAGCUGAAGGAGUUGCAGAACGAGGUGGAGAAGCAGAUGAACAUGAGCCCCCCGCCGGGCAACGCUGGCCCAGUCAUAAUGUCCUUAGAAGAAAAGAUGGAGGCUGACGCUCGGUCCAUAUACGUGGGUAAUGUGGAUUACGGGGCAACGGCCGAAGAGUUGGAGGCUCAUUUCCACGGCUGCGGGUCCGUCAACCGUGUCACCAUCCUGUGUGAUAAAUACAGUGGGCACCCCAAGGGGUUCGCCUACAUUGAGUUCUCCGACAAGGAGUCUGUGCGCACCUCCAUGGCGCUAGACGAAUCCCUGUUCAGGGGGCGACAGAUCAAGGUGAUACCCAAGCGGACCAACCGGCCCGGCAUCAGCACCACAGACCGGGGCUUUCCCCGGGCCCGGUUCCGAGGGCGCGGUUCGGGCUACACCAGCUCCCGGGCCCGGUUCUACAGUGGAUUCAGCAGCCGACCCCGUGGACGCUCAUACAGGGGCCGGGCUAGAGCAACCUCAUGGUAUUCCCCUUACUAAAAAAGUGUUUUUUGGGAAAGAAAAGAAAAAAAAAAAAGAGGAGAAAAAAAAAGAGAAGAAUGUGACAGUGCUGGAGCAGCCCCGUGGGGGCGAGCCGUGGGGCGCGGUGGGGGGCGGGGGCGGCUCUAUGAGCACAGGGCACUCCUCCUCUCUGUCCUCCUUCGCUCCCCCUUUCCCUGCCACGGGCGGGCUCCUCCCUCCGUCCACGGGCGGCCCCGCUUCCUUCCCUCCUUCUGCGCCCGGCCCCCUUCACUUCUCCGCCUUGGGCGCGGCUUCGCUCCUCCCUUCUCCCUGGCUUGUUCCCUCGUUCGGGUCCUCCCCCGCGGGUGGGACCUAGCCCCUGCGCUGCCCCUUCUGCCCCCCGCCUGGCUCCCUCCUCCCUUCCACUCCUCCGCUGCCCCUGCCCCCUUCCCUCCAUCCGGGCCGGGCUGUUACCUGCCGUAUUUCAGUGUCUUUAUCUUUGCAGGUGGCUUUAGCCUGAAGGAAUUGUCGAGCCGCACGGAGCUCUUGCGACCAGA